UAAAGUGAUGCGUCACGCGGCCGUUUGUUGUAACACGACCGCCUCCCCUUCCCGUUCCCCUGCCUCCCCAUCCCCCCUCCCUUCCAUCAAGAUGAGGGGAAGACCAAGGGAAGCUGAGCGUAAGUGAUAAUUCAUCGGGGAAACAUCGAUGAUAAACCUAACAAAUCGCCCGGCAUGAGUAACCCGAGAUGAAUCGAGGCCGAUGGUACAUUGGAAGCAGUCAGUGGCACCGAGAGGCCCAGUCAGUUUAAUUAAAGUGAAAUCAAUGCAGUACACCAUUUUCAUGCAAAAAGGAAAGAAAAAAUAAUUGAAAAGAGGCUCUCGAAGGCAGUGGCAGUGAAUGAGUGACUUAGUAUGGCCCUGACCCUGGACACGAAAAUAAGCGUUAAGGUCGGAUAAUGGACAGAAUUGUAAUUUUACUUAAAGGAACUCUUUAAACUACUCAAAACUAUUUAGCCUCACUAAACUUUUUGCGUUCCGCUUCCGCGUCGGGUUGCGGGGUCAUGUCAGACUGAGGCUCGAGUUACUUUGGAAAAGUCAUCGAGUCGUUUAAUCGAGGCCAGCGGCGAGAGGACCCAGAGUGUGGACGUAGCAGCACCCCUUCGAAAGCAAACUAACCGUGGAAACUUGAGAGGGAAUAGUAAUCAGGCCUUCGGAGGGCCUCGCGCGUCGCCCCCCGCUGGGAGGGAAUCCGUCUCGACGUUACAUGAAUUUGAGUCGUAGACUCAUUGAUUUUUGUUUCUUGUGCGAUGGUUAACUUUUUUGUUAUUGCAGACCCGAAAUGCCAAAAGCAGAACUGAUUAAUUAGUGAAAAAAUAACAUUGUUUUAUGUUUUGAGUCGAGUUCGUGAGCAUUAAGAAAAGAAAAGAAUAUCGACUUGUGUUUCUGCAGAAAAGAACGAGAAACUUGUUCAGGGACACGAACUCCGCAUGAUAUUCCGAAGCGGAAUUUAUGGCCUAUACCUGGGCACAGGUCUACGAUGCAGCUUUGAAAGGCGUGGAUAGAUCCGACGUUGCUGGUGAGGGGCACGCGUCUCGCUGAAUGUAACUAUUCACUGGAUGAGCGGCUAGUCAUGAGCAAGGCGGAUGGAAUGCCAGGAAUAGAACCUUCCCAGAGCUUUCUUGGGUCGGAUGAGAACGUGAGAGAAGGUGCUUUCUGUGAUUCGCUCUUUUUUAUCUGCGUGUGACUCAAUAACCGUGAAUGGCCGGAGUGCCAAGAAUAAAACACUAACUGGAGAGCUGAAAGGAGAAAAGAGGCACAAUAGAGCCGAGCUCCCCUUCCCUCGUAUGCAGCGCCUAGCAACCCCCAAUUGCAGCGAGGAAAGGACGCCGCUGUGAGGGGAGGACGCGGCCUGCCUCUGUCCACCAGCCAAACAGUCCUUCCCCUCAUGACAGAAGCCUGACUCCUGUCCUACAGGAUCGUCGCCUUUCAUCCUACCCCGGGGAGGGUACUGGUGCCCGUCGACAGACCCGGGGUAUGAUUGCUAAGGCCGUAUGGCGCAGCGACCUUCGACGCAUGAUUGACGUUCGGUAAUGGUUGUUAUUCCAGAAAAUGAGACACGGGAACAUUUCAUUUCCGCCAAGAUUUAUUGCGCAACAGAUUAGUGUGUUUGACGAAUAUUGCGAGCUAGAUAUUUUGUGAUCAUUGGGAUACACGGUCCCGGGAGACGUGUAUGAACGGCCGAUACACAAAAUCUGGGUAAUUUUACGACCGAAUGCAGAUUGCUCCUGUGAUUGGGGAUGGCCGUCAUGACUGGUGCAAGCUCGCUCGGGACGUCACGGGGGCCGACGGACGCCGCGCAGUCUGCAGCCUCUUGGCCGCUGGCGGGAGUUGUCUGAGAGGCCACCGCGAUUCCACCGCGAAACAGAAGGAGGUCUGUCCGUGAGCGUAAAGGAUUCUGCUCACUGAUUAUUUAUUUAGCAUUAGCCAGCAGUGAGAACGCCGACGGAGCGAGAUGGCGCCCAUGUUCUGCACGAAGUUGUUUAACUGGAAACCGAAGGGCAAGAAGGACGGGGCUCCCAGACCGCACUUGGACACCGUCUUCCCCGAACCGCAGGAUGAGGGGGAGGCGUGUCCCUAUUGGACCCACGUGGCAUGCAAUCCCCCGCCGCCUCCGCCCUCGCGCCCGCACACGCCUACUCACGCCCGUACCCAGCCGACGCCGCCGCCCCUCCCCCCGCACCACCCUGGCAGUCCCGUGCACCACCAGCCGCAGCCCCGCUCGCCGGCCACGCACCGCCGCGCCCACGCCCGCAACCACCUUCCGUAUGGGUACAGCAGCACCUACAACAGCCCCUACCAGAGCCCCCAUCAAAGCCCAGGCCCCAACAGCCCAGUCAACCACAGCCCGCACCACUUUACCCCCAUCCACCACAGCCCUGCACACUGCAGCCCCGCGCACUGUAGCCCUGUGCAUCCUAACCAAGGCUACAACAGCCCGGUCCACGUCAACCAAGGCUACAACAGUCCGGUGCACGUGAACCAGGGCUACAACAGCCCGGUCCGCCAGAGCCCAAUCCACACCAAUCAAGGAUGCAACAGCCCGGCCCACCAAAGCCCAGUGCACCACAGCUCCGGCUACAACAGCCCGGUCCACGUCAACCAAGGCUACAACAGCCCGAUUCACCCCACCCCGGUCCACCCCAGCCCGGUGUACCCGAGUCAGAACUACAACAACACGAUGCACCAUCGUGGGUACAUUCUGGAGAGCAACUACUGCCAGCCGUUGCCCCCGCCGCCGCCGCAGCGGCCGCCGCCUCCCAUACCGGGAACUGAAGGUUCCCAGUUGAAGACCGUCGCCUCAGCGAGCAGCAGCCGCUCCACCUCUCCGGCCAACGGCAGUGCUUCCUUCAUCCCGCAGCCCAGGAGCCACAGCGGCCGUGCAUCGCUCAACGAGAAGCACUCCAAAACUGGCGGCACUUCGAACCUGGUCAAGUCGAACCUCCGGGGUCCUGCCACCCAGACCGCCCACAACGUAUCGGGGAAUCACGCCCUCGCAUCGCCUUACCACGCCUCCUCCGCGCCCCCAGCCAAGCAGAAGGACUCCAUGCUGGACAAGUUCAAGCUGUUCAACCACAAGGAGAAGGAAGCGAGGAACAAGACAACGAGUAAGAGCAGCAGCGGGGUGAGCAAACGAACGAGCAGCAGCAGCGGCUUCAGCAGCGCCAGAUCCGAGCGCUCGGACUCGUCGACCAGCCUGUGUUCCGACGCCAAGCCGCCUCCGCUGCCGCCGCACCAAAGCUUGCCUGUGAGCACCAGUAGCAGCAGCAGUGAUCAGACGAGCCACGCGGAGGCGCAGCAGGGGGGAGCGCCCCCCGCCUCCACCAAGCCGCAGGGCCUCCGGGGCAUCAGGUCCAAGUUUUCCAAGUCCGCGGGCAAGGAGGGCAAGGAGUCGCCCAAGGCGUCGCGCAAGGACAAGGAGCGCGAGGAGCGGGAGGGGUCCCGGGGGUCGCCGCGGGGGGGUCACAAGACCCACCGAGACCCUCGCGGAGAGAGUCGCGACAGAAGCGCCAAAAAGGGCGACAAGCUCACCCUCGAGUUGGAUGGCGGCUCGCGCCCCCAGCGCCCCCAGUGCCCCCUGCCAGCCAAUGCCGAGAAGGACUCCCGGCCCCCUGCGCCGGGUCCGCGGCCGGAGACCGCAGGGCACGCAGCCUCAGAGACAGACCAGCCACCCGCUCUGCCGCCCAAGGAGAAGGACCACAAGGAGUACAGCCACAGCAGCCACCAGGAUCAGACCUCAGCAAUGCAGCAGCAGACUGUCGUGACGACCCCUGGCAGCCCCCUCCCCCCAGGCACUCCAGGCACGGGCAUCCCGAAGCCCACGGCCCACGUGAAGGGCCAGACCAAGGUGGUGCCCCCCGAGCGGUCUGCGCCCCCGACGCCCACCGCCUCGCCCAACGUCAACACGUCUCAUCAGGCCAAAGACUACAACAAAAUGGUCCGCCCCGCGGGCACGCCCUCCACGCCUAAAAUCGGAGGCAGCAGCGCUCCGCGGCAGGCAGGGACGCCCUCAGGUGGAGAGGCCAACGCAGCUCAAGAGUGCCGCGACCCGAAGGGCUCUCUGCCGCGCCAGAAGCAGCUGGGCAGACGGGAGGACUCCGCGACGGGCAUCAGCGUGGCGAUGGUGAGUCCCAUGCCCAACCCACGCGAGAAGGACAUGGUCACGCCCUCCGAGUCGGGCUCCAACAUCAGCGAGUCCUCCCAGAGCAACAGCGGCCAUAGCAACAGCACUUCCUCCGGCAACUCCUCCGUCAUCUACAAGCCCACGAGCUCAGAGGACGACAGCGUCUCCGACCUGAAGACUCACAUGAGAAAGGUGGAGGAGAAGGCCGAAGGAGAAGACGGCGACGAAGUUAUUCUGAAUAUCAAGCCCAUGCAGCCGCUGGUGAGGGCUUCGCAGUAUGGCUACAUGAGAGGACUAGGACUACACCAAACCCGCACAGUGCCACCUUCUUUGCACGUUUCCAGGCUAGCAGCCCUCCAAGACAACGCCAACACAGUACCGCAGAAGGGGAUGCGUAUUGGGCCUCACCUCAAGCGUCCUCCGGGUCCCAACCAGGUCAUUGACACGGAUUAUAGCGACCUGGAGAGUGUGGACCUCGCUAAUGGUUACAUGUCCGACGGCGACGUCCUACGCAAUGUGGGCUACAAAUCCGGCAAUUCCUCGGAUCUUGACGGUUACCUGAGCGAGGGCGGCGCCUCCCUUUACGCCCACCGCCUCAACCAGCGCUUCAAGGAGGGUAUGAGGCAGGUGCACGAGAGCAUGAACAAAGUGCAACACUUCAUUCACGACGACAGCAACGGCACAGAAAACGACAUGGAGGUAUCCUCUCUCUCUCCUUCCACCACGUCGUCAGAGCCUAGGCACUUUGACGAGGACGAUUAUUUAGACAGGGAUCUAAGCGAAGAUAAAAAGGAAGGAGAGGAGGAAGAGGAAGAUGAUAUAUUUAGCGAUGAAUGCAAGCCCAGGCCGCCACCAAGAGAGGAAUCGGGCACCAGGAGGCGCUUCGAUGACAGUAGCAGCUUGAGUUCGGGGGUGAGCGACACCCUCAACGAAAUGUCGGCGGAGGAUGUCCUCUCCUCGUCCCUGUCCUCGGACCACCCGGCUUACGUCAAGCAGGGUCGUAGCAUGAAGGAGGUUGGCCUGAAGCUCCCGGUGGGUCUGAGUGGGUCGUCGUCCAGGAAGGUAGCCAUGGGUGUAGAUCCUUCUGGCGUGUAUAAAGUAGUAUCCAGCCGAGCUCAUGUCAAGAAGACAGAGAGUGCCCAACAGACUGAUAAUAGUGCCUUUAAACAAAUAUCAAACACACAGUGGAAGAAAUAUGUAGAAAAUGGGAAAGGAAGCCUUGAACGUUCAGCCAGAGAUUUACAGAGAGGCAUUGAUCCAUCAAGUGGAAGCUCUCGUAAGGUAGACCACAAAAAGUCCAACUUGGGUUCUCCACAAACUGGAGUUCCCAGCAGUCCAGGACUAAAUGGUAGUUCUGGGGUAUCUGGUAGUGCCUCAGGUGGAUCUAGGAAGAUGGAUAAGAAAGGAACCAGUGGAGAAAAGAGAAGAGAAGGAGAGAGAAGUAGCAGAGACAAGUCUGCUGUUGCCAUGUCUCCCCAGGUGAAUGGGGAGUCAAAGAAAAUCCAGAAUCCCAAGACUGCUCCCAGUAACUUUGGAUACAAUGGGAAAAGAACCACUAGUACUGGCAGUGUAUCAAGCACUGGCAGUGGAAAGGGUAGUAAGUCGGUCAAGGAAGUAGACAGUGCUGGUGGCAGCAGCUCUCGUCAUGACAGCUCUAGUCAUAGCUUGGAAAGACCGAGAACCAAGCUUAAGGUGUCUGGAGGCACACAAACCACCAGUGACCUUCACUAUAUGUCUACAGGAGUCCAUAGUGAUAGCGAGUAUUCAUCUGGCUCUCUUGGCAGAAAGUACCAACUCAAGUCCUAUUCUUUAAAUGGUCCAGUUGCUGCUCAGCUGUCACAGAGUGUACGGGAAAGAAUCAUGCAGUCUCCUUAUGGCAAAAUCCACGUAGGAGAAUAUGGACAGUAUCCUCCUGCAUAUUAUCGGGAACGAAGUCCUCGCAUCAAACCCACAGAUGGCUCAUUAAGCGAUUCUCCGUAUUCCAAUUAUGCAGAGAUACAGUAUAGUGGAAGUCCAUAUAGUAGCCCCUAUUCCUGGGUAUCCAGAAGUAAUUAUGCAGGAUCCGUGGCUUCUGCACCAACAAGACCCCUGGGUGGCAGUCUGACAGAGGCAGAGAGCAUGGAGAGUAUAAGCUCAAGCGCCUCGAGUAUAGCUGCACAGAUCCAGCACGCUCGAGCCACCAGCCUCACACAAGCCCGCCUCAUGAUGCACCAACGGGAAAUGUCCUCAUCACCCUCCCCUAGGCUCGCUCGCUCCAAUAGUGUUAGCCAUCUUAUUGAACGGACCUUCCCUAGAUCCACAAAGUCUGAGAAACUGUACAGUAGUAGCAUGGGAGGUCGAGAUGGCUACCAUGCCUCACAGCCUACCAGUCCAACGCCACCAGGAGGCACCAGGCUACCUAUAUCUCCCCUGAACACUGUUCGAGGCUCCCCAUAUUACUCAACUGUGAUUCCUAGAACUUCAAAGGAUGAUGAAUGUCAUGGAUCUUCAUUAUCAUUGGUGUCCUCAUCAUCAUCACUGUACAGCUCACAGGAGGAAAAGCAAGCUGCAGAGAUUAGGAAGCUGAGGAAAGAAUUGGCUGAAGCACAAGAGAAAGUUGGAACUCUGAGUAACCAACUUAGUACUAAUAACUCAGUUUUCAACCUGAAGAAUACGGCUCAUGUAGUUGCUGCCUUUGAGCAAUCUCUUACCAACAUGACCAACAGAUUGCAACAGCUUACUGCAACAUCAGAGCAAAAGGAUUCCGAGGUCAUGGAGUUGCGUAAAACCAUUGAGGCCCUGCGUCAACAAAGUGUAGACGCUGGUCUUACUGUAGCCUGUCUCCAAAGUACGUCCCCCGGCCACCACCAGCACCACCACCACCACCACCACCACUCCCCCCCUUCCCCUGCCAGGCACCAACACACCCAUCUCUCUCCCAACAUUGCCUCGUGUUCUGUGCUCAAUGUCACCUCAGGCAGUCGUUCCAGUUCACCAGAAAAAUCAGGGCAUGACCUUGCUCGCAGGCACACCUUCACGGGGAAUUGUAAAGACCUUGUAGUGUGUGAAUUCACUGAAGCUGGUGGUAAACUAGUACGAGGAACAUCAGUGGAGUCUGUGUCAAGUCUGUCCUCUGCAUGCUCAGCUGCAUCACACACAUCCAUGCAAGAUAAAAGUGAUGGAUCAAAGUCUGGAAAGAAGAAGGGUUGGCUACGAAGCUCAUUUAGCAAAGCCUUCUCCCGUGGGCACAAGAAGAGUAAACAUGGCGUUGGUGGAGGCUCCGUCUCUGAUGUGGAAGGCUGGGACCGCGGAGAAUGUUCCGCUCCUUCGUCUCCUCUCCUGCAGCGUGCAAAUGGUGGAACAAGUGACCCCGAGUGUCAGUCCACAACUGGAACCUAUGGUAACAACAAGGAAGAGGAAGUGGAGUCACUGAAGAUUCAGUUACGAGAAAAAGACAUGGCUCUUACCGACAUUCGACUCGAAGCCUUAUCUUCAGCUCACCAGCUGGAAUCUCUCAAGGAAACCAUAAGUAAAAUGCGCUCAGAAAUGGUGUCGCUAAAGCAAGACAAUGAUAGACUGGCGAGGAUGGUGUCCUCAAAGUCCCUGAACUCCUCGCAGAGUUCACUUCCUGUGUCAGAUUCGAUAGAGCAAAGACUAAGUCUUGGUGGUGAUGAAAUGACAAUGCCAGACUCAACAGAUGACUGUGGUAAACUAGUACGAGGAACAUCAGUGGAGUCUGUGUCAAGUCUGUCCUCUGCAUGCUCAGCUGCAUCACACACAUCCAUGCAAGAUAAAAGUGAUGGAUCAAAGUCUGGAAAGAAGAAGGGUUGGCUACGAAGCUCAUUUAGCAAAGCCUUCUCCCGUGGGCACAAGAAGAGUAAACAUGGCGUUGGUGGAGGCUCCGUCUCUGAUGUGGAAGGCUGGGACCGCGGAGAAUGUUCCGCUCCUUCAUCUCCUCUCCUGCAGCGUGCAAAUGGUGGAACAAGUGACCCUGAGUGUCAGUCCACAACUGGAACCUAUGGUAACAACAAGGAAGAGGAAGUGGAGUCACUGAAGAUUCAGUUACGAGAAAAAGACAUGGCUCUUACCGACAUUCGACUCGAAGCCUUAUCUUCAGCUCACCAGCUGGAAUCUCUCAAGGAAACCAUAAGUAAAAUGCGCUCAGAAAUGGUGUCGCUAAAGCAAGACAAUGAUAGACUGGCGAGGAUGGUGUCCUCAAAGUCCCUGAACUCCUCGCAGAGUUCACUUCCUGUGUCAGAUUCGAUAGAGCAAAGACUAAGUCUUGGUGGUGAUGAAAUGACAAUGCCAGACUCAACAGAUGUGAUUUUAAUUGACCCUAGUGAUAAGGAUGGAAAACGAGUCAGUAUUACUGUCUUCAUGGGAUGCCAUGGAGAUUAUGAUAAAUAUGUGAAUCCAGCUGAUGGUGUGUCAUUUAGUGAGUGUAUUAUUGGAGCUAUAUCUGUAAGUGGGAAAACCAAGUGGGAUAUGUUAGACAAUCUUGUGAAACGCAUUUUUAAGGAAUACAUCCUGAGAGUUGACCCUGUCUCCAACCUGGGACUUAGUGCCGAGUCUAUUUUCUCAUACCAUAUUGGAGAGAUUGCCAGGGGACGUGAUGCGGACUCACCGGAGUUACUCCCAUGUGGGUAUUUAGUGGGAGAAGUGACAAACAUCAAGAUUACUCUCAAAGGAGCCACUUUGAAUCAUGUUGAUGCUCUUGCAUUUGAAACUUUGAUUCCGAAGUCCAUUGUCCAAAGAUACAUGUCUCUUUUGACUGAACAUCGGAGGAUUAUUUUGUGCGGUCCUUCAGGCACUGGGAAGACAUACUUAGCUCAGAAGUUGGCAGAAUAUCUAGUAACCCGAAUGGGAAAAGACCCAUCACCUGGUUAUAUUGCAACAUUCAAUGUUGACCACAAGACAGGAAAAGACCUUGGAGCCUACCUCUCCCACAUUAGUGAACAAUGUGAGAGUAAUACUUCAGACCUGCCUUUGGUCAUCAUUCUAGAUAACUUGCACCAUGCAGGAGCCUUAACUGAUGUAUUCAAUGGGUUCCUAAGUGCGAAGUAUAGCCAUUGUCCUUAUAUUAUUGGAACAAUGAACCAGACUACAUCAUGUUCAACAACUAACUUACAGUUGCACCAUAACUUUAGAUGGGUUUUGAUGGCCAAUCACAUGGAGCCUGUCAAGGGCUUAGUGGGAAGAGUAGCUCGAAGGAGAUUGACACAGGUUGAAGUGGAAGCUGGUUCAAGGUUGCCCCGGCUUCAACAAGUGCUGGAUUGGCUCCCGAGGUGCUGGAGUCACAUCAACAAAUUCUUGGAGACUCAUUCAUCUUCAGAUGUUACUAUUGGUCCUCGCCUGUUUUUGUCUUGUCCUGGAAGUCUGGAGGAUUCCCAGGUGUGGUUUACUGACCUGUGGAACUAUUCCCUUGUGCCCUACCUUGUUGAAGCUGUGAGGGAAGGACUCCAGUUGUAUGGAAAGAGAGCAACCUGGGAGGAUCCUAGUACCUGGAUUACCGAAACUUACCCGUGGCCACCAAGCAAUCAUGCAGGCCCACAGGCUCUAUUGUCUCUACGCCCUGAGGAUGUGGGAUAUGAUGCCCUGGCUCCCACAGUGGCUCCCGCAGCACAGGAUAAGUUCAAGAGUGAUAGCCAAGGAGAGAAUGAUCCAUUGUUGAGUAUGCUGAUGAGACUGCAAGAAGCUGCCAACUACUCCAGUCCGCAGCAGGACUCUGAUACUCCUUCACUAGAAAACAUUGAAAACACACUGGAGUCCACCAUCUGAACAGAUGGUAUUGCCUUAAUUAAAGAAAUAGCGUUAACUGGAACUUUCUUAAAUGUCACACUUUCAAGAUACAUUUGAUUAUGAAUAGGAUGUAAUAUAUAUAUAUAUUAGUAUUGUGAUAAAGUUGAUAGGGCAUUGACGGAGAUGACAUGUUAUAUAUGAUUGCCUCAGAACUUUAAAAAGUCACGGGUAAUGUUUGGGAUCUAGUCACAUCUGGUAGCUUUCUAUCAGGAAUGAGGAAGUAAAGGGGGCCCAUUUUCUGACUGACCAAGACAAGACAUAAUUCUCAAAAUAAUAGGAUUUUUUUUUCCCAUAUAUUUGACAGACAGUGUUUGUAACAGACAAACCCAAGCCAGAGUUGAAAUAUACAACUAGUUUCAUGAUUCUGUAAAUUUUGUCAUUUAUAGAAAGGUGUUUAUGAUCUCUCAUAAUAAUGCUAUAUAUAUAGCAUCCUUGAGCUGUAUCUUGUCAAUUAAAAACUUAGUUUAAAGUAGCCUGCAUUUGGUACUAGUGUCCACUCAGUUUGAGUAUAGAGCAUGGCAUGGUUCCUACUCUGUACAUUGUUGACAUCUGUGUGAUGCGACAAAUCAUUUUGACCUCAGUAUGAGUGUCAACAUGAUUCAUUGUCUGUCAUCAUUCAUAUUCUUGUAUGAAUCAUAAGGUAGCUCAAACUAUGUUUUAAUAUAUAUACACACAUAUAUAUUAUAUAUAUAACACAUAUAUACACUCUUAUAUACAAGAACAUACCCAUUUAUGUAUACACGCACACACUUACAUAUUGCUCUAUGUUUGUGCUGAUGUUUAUAUAGUCUGUCCAGUUGGACAUUUUAUUUUAUAAUUGCUAAUAUUUCAGAGCUAUAUAUGAAUUUAUUAUGCACAAAUAUAUUUGUGGAGGAAUAGAACUUCCAUGGUAUGGUUCUUCCAAAGUGUCUAAAUAAUAGUGUAAAUAAUUCUGGGUCUGAAAAAGUGGCUGGAAGCUUUAAUGUGGUGUAUUAUGAUGUGUUGUUUGUGGUACCAUCAUGUCUUUAACUGUGCUUAUUAAUGCUGUAAAGCUAAUAUGCAGCAAAUCUAUAUUGUUUAGCCUUCAGAGAUACAGCAGUGGCUGUAAAGUCUGAGGCCAUAUGUUCUGUAUAUAAUGUAUUUUGUACACUUUAAUUUUAAACCAAAGCCAAGCAUACCAGUGUCCUUAGCUUUUGUGCCUGUGGGCUAAGACAGCAGUAGUAAUUAUUGCUCAGAGGCAUAUGGACUCCUGUAUUUCCUAUUUUCCCUUCUCCUUUCCCUUGCCCUACUGCCAGCUCUGAAAUUGUGGCUUGAUAUUUAGCCUUCACGCCCAAAGUUGCCAAAUUCUAUAUUGUUACUGCCUUUCUCUUUUAUAAUAAUGUAAAUAUUGUAUAUACUGUAUUCUGUAUGUAGAGUCUGACUUGCUGUUUCAAAACUCGUGUGUACUGAAUUCAAUGGACCAUUUGUAUGUUCUCAAAAGAAUGUAUGAAUUGACACAGAUACAUUUGUGAAUGGAGCGUCAUGUAAGAUUUGUGACAUCAUCGGCAUUUCCAUGACAGGUGUAAAGAAAAGUGAUAUGUUAUUUGUAAAAGUAACUCUGAGUGUAACUUUGAUGCCACAAAUAGUCGUGAUUGAUUCCAACUUAUGCAGGGAUUCAACAUUCAGAUUGCCACCACACUUUUGUUAAAUAUACACCUGAGGUGGAAGACUACACAUUUCCCUUGUUUCCAUUUUUAUACAUGCAAAACAGCAUUUUUAAAUAUAUUUCUUUUCAAAAU